AAUGUUAAAUACAGAUGACUAUAUAUUAAGAGUAAUUUGUGUAAUAAGGGAUAUAUAGUGUUAAGGUGGUGGGUGUGAGAAGCUCCACUCAAGACGAAACCAUGGCACAGAUCAGCCGGGAAACUCUGAAGAUGGAAAUAUCUGCUAUCCUUAAAGGAGCAGAUCUUGAAACUCUGUCAGCAAAGAAAGUUCGACAGCAGCUUGAGCAACAGCUUGGUGUUGACCUCUCAGAUCGCAAAAAGGAAAUAGACUCAAUCAUCAUGGCUGAUGUAGAAGAUCAGGUCAACUCACACUCUGACGAGGAGGUUUCUGAGGAGGAGGUGCCCAAAGCCAAGGAAGAUUCAGAGUCAGAGCCUGAGUCUGAGGGAAAAGGUGGCGAUGACGACGAUUAUGAGCCAGGUGCCAAGAAAGCUGCCAGAAAACCCAAAGCUAGCCCAAAGAAACGUAAAAAUGACGACGACGACGACUCUGAUGAAGAAUGGGGCAAGAGGAAGAAGGUAAAAGAAACAGCACCCAAAAAGGGUGGUGGUGGCGGCGGUGGUGGUCGUGGUAAAAAGUCUGCAUUUACGAAGUCUUUCAAAUUGUCCCCUGAAUUGGCUGAUGUUGUUGGCUCAGAUGUGAUGCCUCGUCAUGAAGUUGUAAAGAAGCUAUGGGCUGUCAUUAAGGAGAGGGAGCUGCAAGAUCCUAAGAAUAAGCAAUAUGCAAUUUGUGAUGAUCAACUAUUGAAAGUCAUCGGUGUAAAGCGCUUCCGUACUUUUGGCAUGAUGAAACACCUUAAGGAUCACUUCCUGGAGGCUGCAUAAGAAAACUGCAAAUACUAGGGACCCUGUCAGUCUCCAAUGCCCGGCACACCAUGGCAGUUGACUUCUACAAGAGCUGCUGUUCUCACCCAUAUUCACUACCAACUUUGCUUAGUUAAGAAGCUCCGUUGUUUUUUUUAUUUUUAAUCCCUCCCCAUGUAUAUGCUGAUGCGAUUUGAUGAAUUGUGAGGUCUCUGCUUGAAAUGUCUAAAAUUUAAGUAAUUUAGUAGCAUCAUUACUGUCAUAGAAAAUUUAUAAAUUAGGUGAAAUGUUAUAGGGGUUUAGCUAAGGAGGACAAUUUGUCUUUCUAAGCAUUGUUUGGCGUGUGCCUUUUUUGUAUCCUUUGUCAGCAAUGGAAAUGCAUUAGUUGAUGUGCUUGUUUUAUUUGUCAAAUAUGUUUAAAUAUGUCAAACAAAGAUUGUUUAUUCAUGUGUUGGAGAUUACCCCCCUCCGUCUGUCUAAUGUGUUCAUAAAAAUGGAGAGUUAACUACUCCUUUGCAGACUCACUUCUUCAUAUAUAUAACAUUGUCAUUAAUCAUUACAUUUCCGUUUUGGACAGUAGCAAUGUAAUAUAAAAGUGUUAUAAUUUUUCUGUGGCUUGGAGUAGAUAGGUUCUGCUUUAUAGGUUAUAUUAUUUAUCAGGUUACUGCAUUCCACAUGCUCAGAAUGCUUUGUGACUUGGAAUUUUGUGGAAUAUGUUAAGGAUUUCAGAAUUAUUUUUGAAUUGUGUUUGUGAUAUAAAUAGCCACAGAUAGUUAACAAAUUAAUAUUAAAAAUCUGUCACAAUGGUACGUCUUUUAAUAAAAUAUUUUGUAAA